GGCAUUCUUUCCCGUUCAACUGCAACAACCAUUACACUAUAAUUAUACUUUACUCUAAGUGCGAUAGCGUGGUGUAUACUCCAUCGAUUUCCCGGAAAGCUGAUAGUAAGUAAGCAUGGUUGCAGAGUGUACAAUGAGGUUGAAAAUGGCCUUAGCGCUUACCCAUUGUGGAAAUGCACAGAGUAUCGGUGGAUGUUGCCACCUUUGUCACAUCCACUGUAGUGGCUAGGAGUUCACGUCGCGCGCGGACUAUCGUGGACAGCAUGCGCUAUAGCACACUCUUACUAGGAACGUUGGCGAUUAUGCUGAGCCACAUGGUGCCAGGAUGCACUGCUGGACGACAGCCAACAGAAUCGACACCACUUCAGCGUACGGCAGACGCGGUGCGGGAGGCCGAAGCUAAUAUGACCGACAAUGUCAUUAUCCUACCUGCCCUGGAGGAAGAUAUCGUCGCCGGAGUGCGGCCACCGCCCUAUCCAGUCCGCGCCCGGUUGGAAAGCUUGGUGACCUUUUUCUGUACAGUGGGUUCACCUGCGUUGGCGCAGCGGAUUGUCUGGCGCCACCAGAAUGCCACCAUCCACGGCGACGUAUUGCCGCGCUCCCUUAAAGGUCACUUUUACCGACAGGCGACCAGCGUCGACACCAGCUACCUUCACAUUCACCACGUCAAGCGCGACUCGGGCGGGGCAGUGGAAUGUCUGGAUCCCUUGGGGCCGGAUGGGGAAGUGUGGCGCCUGCGCACGUACGACCUGUUGGUAACACUGCGCGCCCACGACGCCUUCCUUGCACCCAUGCGCAACGUGUCCACGCCGCUGCGCAAAGUUCUCCAUGACGUGCAGCGGCCGUGUGGACUGCAGCCGGACGGGGUGGGAGGCGCACUUCAUCUGGAAGUACGACGGGCGCUUCGUGGCGGCGCCCUAUCACGAUCUGCGCAUCCUCGCCGGCAACUCGCACACCCCCGCUCUGCUGCACAGCCAUAUCGACGCCAACAUGUCGGCACAGUUAGCACCCGAUACUUUCUGCGCCAGCACGCUGAGCAUGAGCAUGAGCCCGGCGGUCAGUGAUCGGCCGGCGCGCGUCGACUGCUGGCUGCGCCCGGAUCUCCACACCCACCAAUGGUUCGUUCAGUCGGCCUACGUCACUUUCACGCCAUCGCUGUAAACUUGCAGCAUGUGUCUUCAUUUCCGGGUGAAUUUGCUGCACGAAUCGGUAUAUGUAGGAACAUUAGGAUUAUUCUACCUUGUUGAUGUCAGAUUAGGCUUUAUUUUUAGAAUUAAAACUGUCAAAUGAUUUCAUUAUUUUUUUUGCAAUUGAAGUGAUUACAAUUUCCCGGGCGCUCGGUUGUUGCUUGGUUACCAUAAAUAUACUGGACACACUGUGGAUUUGCUCAUAAUUAGUCAUU